UCUGGAUAUAUUCGACUUCUACAGUCGUAAACGUAGAGACACAAAUGAGCAUGAUAAUUCGCACAUUGAUAAUUAUGAAGAAUCAAGUAGUUUGGCUGAUGUAAUAAUGCAUGAUGGUGAUGGUAUUGGAAUAACUGGUGAAACAUCAUCAGUUUCUAGUGUACACGAUGAGUCCAGUGAUUUUACUAACUUUGGUGAUGGUACUUCUAGUGUUUCUGUAUCUUAUGCUUAUGAUUUUUCGUCUCGUCGUUCGGAAACUACCGAAAAUUUACAAAAUACUGAUGUUGUUACGUUAUACGAUGAAACCACAACUCAGGUACCUGGGAUUAGUGAACUUUACGAAGACGUUACAGAAGAAUCUUCUCAGGUUUCUGUCCCAUUAACAACUGACAUUGAUAUUGAAACUUCAACGGGAGUAAGUGACUUAGAAGAUGAAGAAAUGUCGCAGUCUUCUCUGGUGAAGGAAAAUUUUGAAGAGUUUCAUGAUAAUUCAGGUAAGUUGAAUGUCGAGUGGGCAGACAGAAUCGAUCAGGUUACGUCGGAAAACAUCCUGAAGAUAACUGAUGAAAUUCCCGAUGAAUUAUCAACGUCGGAUAUCGAAGUUCCUCCGCAACAAAUCGACAAGUCUGAAGAGCCUCAGCAAGACUAUCCAAUUCCCAUUUUUACUCGUUUCGAUGAGGAAGUUGAGAUUGUGAAACUAAACGAAGGAAAAUCGACAACAAUGCUGAAGAAAAAUGUAUACAAUGCAGCGAAACCAAAGGACAAGGAAAAGGUCGGAUCAAAUUUCAUGACGAACGAUGUUAAGGAGCCAUCAAUUUACUACAAAGAUCUCUCUCAGGAAGAUUUGGGUGUCAUUAUGAAGGAGGGAAGUGACGAAGACUUUCUUCGUGAAUUCAAUCGACGUUUUCGUGAUCAUGAAUUCAUCGAUAAUGAACUUUUUCCACCGGAGCCAUCUCCGAAGGUCGUACCAAUGGUUCCACAUGACUACUCACAUGGCACUUAUGGCUGGGAGCAUGCUAAUUCUAUAUUAAAUUCUAACAAUCAUGAAGUACUAACAAAUGGUGGAAGCAAUGCUGAUGUGCCUUCGAAUCAUCUAUCAGUCGAUCAAAAUUCCCAUCGUUUGAUCAUUAACAUUUCAAUCGCCACAGAGGAUCGAUUGUCAGUUACAAAACCUGUCUACGUACUAUCAGUUUCUGUACCAAACGAUGGAAAUCCUAAUAACAUCAUUCCUGGAAUUAACAUUGGUCCUGCUCAGCUACAGAGAACUAAUGAGGCUUUAGAGGUACAUCUACCACCACCACCACAACCACCUGUCCAACCACCACCAGUGUGGGGUGGUGGUGAAUGUGAAUGUUCGUGUCCUUGUAUGGAUUCGUCAUCUGAUGAGUGGGAUAAUUUUCCAGUUGAUGGCAAUCAGACGAGUCUUGAUGAGGAGAUCGAUGAUGAUGGAACUGAUAGAAGAAAUUUUAAGGUGCUGAAUGGAACCAGUGAGACUAACACUGAAGAGUAUUCCUCGAGUACCGAAGGGUAUAGUAGUGAUUCCACCACUGAAGAUGGUCAAACAAUUUCAGAGGGAAUGAGUAGCACCACUGAUGCUAAUUUUUGUACUACUCCACUACCCCCAGAGCCAACUAUUCUUAUUCUCGAAGGUGCAAGGACCUUUCCAGCAAGGUCAUUCCCACCCGAUGGUACGACAUUUGCUCAAGUCAGUCUCGGUCAACGGCUCGGUAAAGAAAUACCAGCCUACAGCUACUGGAACAUGCAAUUUUACCAAUCCGAAGCGGCCUACGUACGCUUUGAUUACAAUAUCCCUCGGGGUGCAAGUAUCGGUGUCUAUGCGAGAAGAAAUGCCUUACCAACACACACUCAGUAUGAUCUUCUGGAAGUACUCAGUGGAUUCAAGGCGAGAACAACCCGGGCUUCCCAUGUUAGUGUCAUUCCUUCGAUAAAGAAAGAAGUAACUCACUACAUGGAACCAGGUCAUUGGUUUCUGUCUCUUUACAACGACGAUGGUGAUCCCCAGGAAGUCUCAUUUAUAGCUGUAAUUGCCGAAGACAUGACUCAUAAUUGUCCCAAUGGUUGCAGUGGAAAAGGUGAAUGUCUCCUUGGUCAUUGUCAGUGUAAUCCUGGUUUUGGUGGUGAAGACUGCAGUGAGAGUGUUUGUCCAGUGUUGUGUAGCCAACGUGGUGAAUACAUUAAUGGUGAAUGUCAGUGUAAUCCUGGAUGGAAGGGCAAAGAGUGCUCACUGAGACACGAUGAGUGUGAAGUACCAGAUUGCAAUGGACAUGGACACUGUACUAAUGGAAAGUGCAAUUGUGUUAGGGGAUACAAGGGUAAAUUUUGUGAGGAAGCUGAUUGUCCACAUCCAACAUGCUCUGGUCAUGGUUUCUGUGCUGAGGGCACUUGUAUAUGCAAGAAAGGUUGGAAGGGGGCUGACUGCAGUCAAAUGGAUAAAGAAGCACUCCAGUGUUUGCCUGAUUGCAGUGGACAUGGAAAUUUCGAUCUUGAAAGUCAGACCUGUCAUUGCGAACCCAUGUGGUCUGGUGAUGAUUGUUCUAAAGAACUCUGUGAUUUGGAUUGCGGACCACAUGGACACUGUGUCGACAAUGCCUGUGAUUGCCUUCCUGGUUGGUCAGGUGAGCUCUGUAAUCUGAAACAGUGUGAUCCACGUUGUAACGAGCAUGGACAGUGCAAAAAUGGUACAUGCCUUUGUGUCACUGGAUGGAAUGGACGUCAUUGUACCAUGGAGGGAUGUCCAAAUUCCUGUUCAGGUCAUGGACAGUGUAGAGUUAAUGUCGAUGCACAGUGGGAGUGCCGGUGUUACGAUGGAUGGGAUGGUACAGAUUGCAGUGUUUUGUUGGAACAAAAUUGCAAUGAUGGCAAGGAUAAUGAUAGAGAUGGUCUCAUCGAUUGUGCUGACCCCGAAUGUUGUGCAAAUCAUGCCUGCAAAGGUAGUCAGCUUUGUGUCUCAGCUCCAAAGCCAAUUGACAUACUUCUUCGUAAACAACCACCAGCAAUAACUGCAUCAUUCUUCGAGCGUAUGAAAUUUUUAAUCGACGAGGGAAGUCUUCAGAAUUACGCACGUCAAGAAACAUUUAACGAAAGUGUGUUCUGGAAUCACUUCAAUACAAGCCGAUCGGCAGUUGUACGUGGACGUGUGGUAACGUCACUUGGAACUGGUUUGAUGGGUGUGCGAGUCAGUACCAGUACACCACUCGAAGGGUUCACCCUGACAAGGGACGACGGCUGGUUCGAUCUGCUCGUAAAUGGUGGCGGUGCUGUCACACUUCAAUUUGGAAGAUCGCCAUUCAAACCACAGGCCCACAUAGUGUUCGUACCAUGGAACGAGGUUGUUAUAAUCGACAGAAUCGUCAUGAGCACAGUAGACGAAAAAUCUCCAAUCCAUGUACCCCACGCCUGCGCAGCGCACGACUACGAUCAAAUGAAGCCAGUGGUCCUAGCAACCUGGAAACACGGUUUCCAGGGCGCCUGUCCCGAAAAAUCAGCAAUUCUCGCCGAAUCCCAAGUAGUCCAGGAGAGCCUCCAGAUUCCAGGAACUGGUCUGAAUCUCGUGUAUCACAGUUCGAGAGCAGCUGGCUAUCUCUCCACCAUUCAACUCCAACUCACUCCCGAAUCAAUUCCCUCAACUCUUAAUCUCAUCCACCUUCGAAUAACAAUCGAGGGAAUUCUCUUCGAGAAGACAUUUGAAGCUGAUCCUGUCAUAAAAUUCACGUACGCCUGGAAUCGCCUCAAUGUUUAUCGCCAACGAGUUUAUGGUGUAACAACGGCGAUGGUAAAAGUUGGUUACGAGUACAGUGACUGCAAGGACAUCAUCUGGGAUGUUCAGACAACAAAACUAAGUGGCCAUGACAUGUCAAUUUCCGAAGUUGGAGGCUGGAAUCUGGAUAUUCAUCACCGUUACAACUUCCAUGAGGGAAUCCUCCAGAAAGGUGAUGGCUCCAACAUUUACCUGAAGCACAAGCCCCGAGUAAUCCUGACGACAAUGGGAGAUGGACACCAGAGGCCUCUCGACUGUUACGACUGUGAUGGGCAAGCCUCCAAGCAACGUCUCCUCGCUCCAGUGGCAGUAGCAGCAUCUCCAGACGGUUCAAUUUUCGUAGGUGACUUCAAUCUCAUUCGAAAGGUCCUCGUCGAUGGUACGGUUCGCACUGUAGUCAGGCUUAAUGCAACAAGAGUCUCCUACAGAUAUCACAUCGCCCUGAGCCCCUUGGACGGUGUUCUCUACAUCUCAGAUCCUGAAUCCCACCAAAUCAUUCGUGUUCGCGACACCAAUGACUACUCAGAUCCCGAUCACAAUUGGGAGGCAGUCGUUGGCUCUGGGGAACGCUGUCUUCCCGGCGAUGAAGCACAUUGUGGAGAUGGUGCUCUUGCACGUGAUGCUAAAUUGGCAUAUCCAAAAGGUGUUGCUGUCUCAGCAGAUAAUGUACUCUACUUCGCCGAUGGUACCAAUAUUCGCAUGGUAGACAGGGAUGGUAUCAUAACCACAGUCAUUGGUAAUCAUAUGCACAAAUCUCACUGGAAACCAAUUCCAUGUGAGGGAACACUCAAUGUCGAAGAGGUUCAUUUGCGCUGGCCCACAGAGCUAGCCAUAAAUCCCCUCGACAAUUCUCUUCACAUGAUUGACGAUCACAUGGUACUACAAUUGGCACCUGAUGGAAGGGUUAAAGUCGUUGCUGGACGGCCACUUCACUGUGCUAGCCCAUCAGCAAGUUUUGAUACUGAAUUAGCUACACAUGCUACUCUAGUUAUGCCACAGAGUAUCGCAUUUGGACCAUCUGGUAAUCUCUUCAUCGCUGAGAGUGACUCUCAGAGAAUCAACCGAGUGAGAGUUAUAGGGACUGAUGGAAAGAUCUCACCUUAUGCUGGAGCUGAAUCAAAAUGCAAUUGUUUGGAAAGAGGCUGUGAUUGUUUUGAAGCUGAUCAUUAUCUCGCAUCUACAGCAAAAUUCAAUACAAUCUCAGCUGUAGCUGUAUCACCUGAUGGAGUUGUUCAUAUUGGUGAUCAGGCGAAUUACAGAAUUCGUUCGGUUAUGGCUAGUAUUCCAGAUGCUAAUGGAGCGAGAGAAUACGAAAUUUACUCCCCAGAUACCCAAGAAAUUUACGUAUUCAAUCGUUUUGGCCAACACAUUGCCACUAAGAAUAUUCUCACUGGUGAAACUUGUUAUUUGUUUACUUACAACGUUAACACAAGUAAUGGAAAACUCAGCACAGUUACUGAUGCCUCUGGAAAUAAGAUCUUUCUCCUGAGGGAUUACACGUCCCAAGUAAACUCCAUUGAAAAUACCAAGGGACAGAAAUGUAGACUCAGAAUGUCGAGAAUGAAAAUGCUUCAUGAAUUGAGUACACCAGAUAAUUAUAACGUUACUUUUGAUUACCAUGGACCCACUGGACUUUUGAAAACAAAAUUGGACAGUACUGGAAGAAGUUACGUCUAUAAUUAUGAUGAAUUUGGUAGAUUAACAUCAGCUGUAACACCAACUGGUAAAGUAAUUGGUCUCACAUUUGAUCUGAGUCUCAAAGGCGCCACUGUCAAGGUGGGACAAAAUAACAGAAAGCCAGUAUCAAUGUUGAUAAAGGGAUCAUCAGUUGUAACAAAAGUUGGUGAGGCUGAGCAGAGGACAACAGUCGCUGGUGAUGGUUCAGUUGGUCGAGUAACACCCUGGGCUCAUACUGUCAGCACUGAUACUCUUCCUUAUGCCGUUCUCGCUGAAAUCGAGCCACUACUUGGUGAAAGCUAUCCAGUUCCUGCUAAACAACGAACUGAAAUCGCUGGAGAUCUAGCCAAUCGAUUCGAGUGGAGAUACUUCUUGAGAAAAGUCCAGGGGAAAAAUCGGGGAACUACGAAAACCGUGGCUCAGGUUGGAAGAAAACUUCGAGUCAAUGGUGACGUUCUGUUAUCACUAGAGUAUGACAGAGAAACCAAUACUGUUGCUGUCUUCAUUGAUGAUCGAGUGGAGCUCCUCAAUGUCACCUACGAUAGAAAUGCUAGACCACUCAAGUGGGGACCGAGGAAUGGAAUUUUCGCUGGUGUUGAUUUGGAAUACGACAGAUUCAGUAGAUUGACAAAAUGGACAAGAGGUGAUAUCAGUGAGACUUAUGGUUUUGAUAGAGCUGGACGGCUAUACGAGAUUAAAUACAGUGAUGGCACAUCCAUGGUAUACGCUUUCAAGGAUAUGUUCAGUUCAUUACCGUUGAAGGUCACCACACCACGAGGAAGUGAUUAUCUGCUUCAGUAUGACGAAGCUGGUGCACUUCAAUCACUGACGACUCCCAGAGGCCAUAUUCAUGCUUUCUCUCUUCAGACAUCUCUUGGAUUCUAUAAAUAUCAGUAUUAUUCACCAAUGAACCGGCAUCCUUAUGAGAUCCUGUACAACGAUGAUGGACAAAUACUCGCCAAAGUCUAUCCACAUCAAAGUGGAAAAGUUGCUUAUGUUUACGAUCAUGCUGGCAAAUUGGAAACAACUCUUGCUGGACUUUCAUCGAUACACUACACCUAUCAGGAAACAACUAGUCUCGUCAGGAGCAUUGACAUCAAUGAACCCAAUUUCGAAAUGAGAAUUGAGUACAAAUAUCACGCUGGUAUCGUGAAGGACGAGAAAAUUAAAUUUGGAAGUAAAAGUGGAAUGGAUAACGCUCAUUAUCGUUAUCAAUACGAUGGAAAUGCCAGGAUAUCUGGUAUUGAGGUUGAUAUUAAUGGAAAACAACUGCCUCAGCUUCGACUCAAGUACAAUCAGAAUCUGGGAAUUCUUGAGGGUGUUGGAGAUCUGAGGAUUUACAGAAAUUCGUUUAAUCGAUCUGUGAUGCAGGACAGCAGUAAACAAUUCUUCACGGUUACUGAUUACGAUGAGUAUGGCCGAGUCAAGUCUAUUUUGACAAAUAUUGGAACAAUGGAUGUCUUCAGAAUGGAACUGGAGUACGAUAACAGAAACAGAAUAAAAAUGAGAAAACUCAUAAUUGGAAAAGAUUUGGUGGAUAAGAAGGAGUGGUCCAGGAUGGAUAAGAUCACUUACAAUGCUGAUGGACAUGUACUCGAAGUAGCUGAUACUGAUAAUAAUUGGCAGUAUGCCUAUGAUGAGAAUGGGAAUAUUAUUGGUGUUACUGAGCACAACGAGAAGAUCACCCUUGGGUAUGACAGUGGCGACAGAGUUGUUCAGUAUGGAGAUGUUGAAUUCAACUCUUACGACAGCAGAGGAUUCGUUGUUAUUCGUGGAGAACAUAAAUACAGAUAUAAUUCACGAGGCCAGCUGAUCCACGCUUCUGAACACAAAAAAUUCCAAAUCUGGUAUUUCUAUGACGAUCGUGGUCGUCUCGUCUCCUGGAAUGACGAUCGUGAGAAUAUCACACAAUUUUUCUACGCAAAUCCAAAGACCCCAGACCUCAUCACCCACGUGCACUUCCCCAAAGCUGGAAAAACAUUCCGCUUCCUCUACGACUCUCGGAAUUUCCUCAUGACCGUUGAGACAUCGGAACAACGUUUCUACGUAGCAACAGAUCAAAAUGGCUCUCCACUUGCUCUCUUCGAUACAAAUGGCAAUCUGAUGAAGGAGAUGCGAAGAACACCCUUUGGAAAAAUUAUCAAGGACACUAAUCCAGAUUUUUACUUGCCCAUUGACUUCCACGGCGGUCUGUUCGAUCCAAACACAAAAUUGAUCUAUUUGAACAAGAGAUUAUACGAUCCAACCGUCGGCCAGUGGAUGACACCAGCUUGGGAACAGAUGGCGAAUGAAUUGACAACUCCAACCGAUAUAUUUAUCUACAGAUUCCGAAAUAAUGAUCCAAUAAAUUUGAAACAAAAUGUUGAGUACAUGACGGACAUGAACAGCUGGUUGAAACUUUAUGGAUAUGAUAUUCCCUCGAUGCUCGGCUCUGAGUACACAAAAGCAAUGGUUUAUCAGCCCAGUGCUACCAUCACAUCCCCCCAACUAACUCCAGACUUCGGAGUAAUGUCAGGUCUCCAGUGUAUCGUCAAUCGAGUUCACGAAAAAUUCUCUGAUCUUGAUUUUGUACCAAAGCCACUACUCAAACUCGAACCAAAGACUCGCAAUCUUCUUCCACGAGUGGCUCAUCGUCGAGCUGUCUUUGGCGAGGGUAUUCUGGUCUCCAGAGUUGGAGGACGAGCUCUCGUUAGCGUUGUGGAUGGUGUCAACAGUGUUGUUCAAGACGUUGUCACAUCGGUCUUCAACAAUUCGUACUUUUUACCCCUUCACUUCAGUGUUCAUGAUCAGGAUGUUUUCUACUUCGUGAAGGAUAACACUCUGAAGAUGAGGGAUGAUAUGGACGAGUUGAGGAGGCUCGGGGGUAUGUUCAAUGUAUCAACUCACGAGACAACAGAACACGGCUCAGGUACUUACAAAGAACUGAGGCUUCACAAUCCAGAUGCUGCUGUGGUUAUUAAAUAUGGAGCUGAUCCUGAACAGGAGCGUCACAGAAUUCUUAAGCACGCUCACAAAAGGGCUGUGGAGAGAGCGUGGGAGAUUGAAAAACAAUUAGUCAUGGCUGGCUUUCAAGGAAGAGGUGAUUGGUCGAAAGAAGAAAAAGACGAGCUAAUUGGCAGAGGCGCUGUUGAUGGUUAUGAAGGAGUUGACAUUCACAGUGUUCACAGAUACCCACAGCUCGCCGAUGAUCCCGGUAAUGUCGCAUUCACUCGUGACACUAAAAGAAAACGACGAAAGAGUGGAAACAGAAAAAAUCGAAAUCACAGGCAUGACUCGUGAUGAGAUACUAAUUAAACAAAUGUGUUUUUUUUAUAUAUAUAUAAUUAAUGAUUAAAUAAAUUAAUAUAAACUCUUCAACGUGUGACAAUUGGGUGCCAUACGAUGAGUCUAAAGAGCAACGGUAAUGAUACAGUGAUCCGUGAAGUGUCAAAAUUAAGCUAGUCGCAUUUUAUUAAACGAAAAUAUAAAGCUUGUUAAAAUGAGGUGAUUAUUUUAUUGAGUAUAAUGAAUUAUGACGAUGAUAAAAACAAUUGGGAAUAAACUGUAAAGUGAUUUUGGGGCGUAAUGCGCUGUGCGUUUUAGACUUUGUAAGGUUUUUUCUACUCUCAUGAAUAAUGAAGGGAGUUAUUGGUAAUUGUAUAAAUUAAUGGAAGAUUAAUGAUCCAGUCGAAUGUUUGCUCCGAACUCUAUAAUGCAUGUAGGUGAACAUCAAUCGGGUUUGGCUCAAUGCAUCAACAGGGUCUUAAUUAAAAAAAUGGACACGAGAGCCCAUCGUCCAAGACGUGUUCGUUCAAACAAUUAAAGAAAAAAAAAUAGAGAUUAAAUAAACGAGACGUCGCUUCUAGGUUCUCGCCGACUGUUACUGAGGAAAGAUGAUGGAGAAUUUGAAUAAAGCAGAAAAAAAUGGGAAAUGCAAGUGUAAUACCUGCAGAUAUUUUUAAGAUACCGUAAAAUCCUUUUUUUUGUUUGAAAAAACAAUUGUACAUAUGACUAAGUCGAUUAAUGGUGAAUGUAGAUAGUAUUAUUAUAAGAUAAAAAGCAUAAACACUGUUCAUCGACGCCUGACAUUGAGAAAUAAUCGAGCGCCGCUUUUUUAUAUGUAUACACGUAAAAUGAAUGAAUUAAAAAAAAUGGGCUAGUGGUCCGGACAUGUUUUCAAUAAAUUGUGAAAAUAAACGUGAACAUUGAAUAAUGCAACAUUGGAAUGAGUAACAGUUUCUCGAUAUGUCGUAGGCACUUGUAUAUAGUUAAUUAGGUUUAAACGAGUGUUAUUGUGUCUGAACGACUAUGAGAUGACUCGAAUGGUGAGAAUGAAUUAUUAAAUUCAAUUUGACGUUUUAAAAGUGAAUACGAAAUGCCGGAUAUGACGAGUUAACGAUGAAUGAGAGGUAAUCGAUGUCCAUGAUUUAUUGUAACGUGGUGCAAAUAAAAUAAUGUAUGGGAGAAUUAACAAACAUAAAUGCCCCCGCCUAUCUUUCUACUGAUAAAUAAACAAAGAAAAACAUAAAGUAAAGAGUUAUUUUUUGAAUUGUCGAAGAGGUCCUAUUUAGUGAAGGGAGUGAAGCAAGAAAAUAUAUGUCGUAAUGGAGUUGAUAAAUAAAUAAAUUUCCCCUCGCCUAAAGCACAAAAAAAUUAAUCAACAUGAUUAAUCUCCAUUAGAAUGAUAAUAAUUAAUUAAUGAAAAUUUCGAGAGCUACAUCUGUCUCAUUGGUCUAUCGAUGAUAUUCAAUGAUUUUGUGGAUUGAUAUGUUAUUUAUGAUUUAUCAUUUCAAUGGAGAAUUCGAGACUUAAUGAGAUGAGCAUCAGUAAUCAUCGAUGUUAAAAGUAUUGGAAGUAGAUAAAUCCCGGUGGGAUAAUGAGGAAAAUAAAACAUGAAAUAAGCAAUAGAAAGUAUAAACGGAAAAGUGUAUAUGUAUAAAGUUAGGGGAAGUACCUAUAUGUAUAGGGAAUGCCGUGAGUGACGUACACGAAGGCCCAUUGGCUUUAGGUUGUACUCCACGUAGCUGUAUAAAGUCAAAAAUAUGAUUGAGAUUAAAAUGAUGAAACAUUUUGAAAUUGAUGCAAAAACAGUAAUAAACACAUAAUCAUGAACUGCAGAACAUUACGUGAAUAGUUGACGCAUUAUCGGUGAUAAUGAGGAUCAUUGUUUGCUGUGUUUAUGGAUGAUGGGGAAUUAUUUUACUUGAGAUUUUUUUUUACGAGAUAAAAACGAAUGUACACGGCUCCCGAUUCCCUCAUGAGUUUCUGUUGUUACUCCGAUGAGUCUGAACUUCCAAAUUUUUUACUUAUUUCGAAUGAAAAAUAAAUUGCCGAAUGUGUAGUGAUUCCAAAGAAUUUUGCAAAUGAUACCUCAUUAUGUUUGUAAUCGCAUGAUUAUUAAACUAAUGAUGAAGAGGUGAUGAAAUUAAUACUGAGAUCGUCCGCGUGGUUCAAGUAUCCCCAUCACGUGAUGAAUAGUCCAAUGGUAGCGAGAAAAAGGAGGAAAAUAAUUAUCAUGAAUGAAAGUGAGAAAUUAAUUUACAUAUAUUAAUAUUGUAUUCGAAUUAUGUACUCGAAACGGGAGCCGAGGGCUGGAAAAUAACGAAAUGAAUAUGUGAAUCGUGAUGUUCGGUCAGUGGAACCGAUUUUUUAGAAUGACUUUUAAUUAAAAAUCAUUACGCAGCUGUAGAAUGCGUAGACUACACUAUUUUUUGUACACAAAUUAAUAAAUUAAUUUAGUUCCACAUAUUCAAAUUCGCAAAACACAAAAACACUAAUUGUUGAAAGGGAAUAAUUAAAUGAAUCGAUUGACUGUCUUUAUGUUUUUACAGUGAAUUCAAACGUGAACAAAUUCGCGAUUUUUCGGAAUUAAAUGAUCAACAUCACCGGUUCUUAUAAGCCAUAAUGUAAAGGAAACUUGAAAUUAAAUCGUGUAAAUAGACAAUUAUGAUUAUGUAAAUAAGCCAUGGAAAACAAAUGAUGAACACGGUACACAAUUAAAUGAGGUUUAUUUUAAAGAAAAACCAAACUGACAAAAAAAUCAUCAUUAUAUUACUAUGUAAUGAUAUUCAAUAAGUAUAUACAUAUUCGAUACUCUUAAACGCUAAGUACUCAAUAAAUAUAUCUAUAAAAUUUUCCAGUGUCUCUGAUUGUCGACAUUAAACCCAUUUCAUAUCCUCGUCAAUCCUACCACGACGUUAUCUCUCAUUUUAUCCAUCACCGAAAUUCAAUUGGUUCAGUGUUUAUGAAAGGAUUAAAAAAUUAUUGUUUAAUUUUUUUUAUAAAUAGGCUGACGGUAUCAAUUGAUGAAUGAAUCAUUUGUACCUUUGAAAUAAUAAUAAUAAUUUAUAUAAAAAUAAUUCAACAUGUGUAGAGAUGUCUUCUUAAAACCUAAAUAUUAUGUUCAACUUUUUUGUUCAAUAGACAAAUUUUUUAAAAGAUAAAUAACAAAUUAUCAUACACUAGCGCCGCCAUUUACUUUUACUUGGUUUUACUGCCUCGUGAAUAUUCCGAAAUCGAUUAUGAAAUAAUCAAUUAUCUCGAUGAAUUUGCUAUGUGCGAUGAGUGACCCGUGUCGCUUUCUAAAUAGGAAAACACAACUGUACUAUACGCCCUAAACUUUGUAUUUAUUUAUUUUUUUAAUUAAUUAUUCCUUCUUUCUCUUAAUUCUGCGGGCUCAGCUUCAUUCGAUUUUAGUGGCGUGCUUGGCUGAAUCGUAAACUCUGAAAAAAUCGGUUGAAUAUUUAAAUUCUUUGUCAUACCUCGGCAAUUAAGGGAAAGGGUUAAAUAUUUCGACUGAUCACAGGGCAAUUAAAAUUGUAUAGUCGUGUUGAUGAGUGAAACUGUGCCAUGAGAGUGAUAAAAAAUUGUUAGCUCUGUUCAAUACUGCGCAUUAUUUUAUUUUCAUUAAAUCUUAAUUUUUUAUAAUACAAUCUAUGUCAUAUUUCACGUAUAAAUGGUGGUUUCCAUUAGUUACAGUGUAUAUACAACUCUUAUUUUUCACAACAUUCUUCUCACAAUUUUAUUUUAUGGGCAAAUAAUUAAUUACGAAGACAAUAACAAAUUACAACGAACGUACAAAUUAAUAAGAAAAA